GUGGCAGCAGCCAUAAAUGAUUAAACUAUGCAAACUCAACUAAAGUCUCUCAGCUGGAACAAGACAAAAGAGAAUCAUUAAAAGACACAGAACUGCAAUGUCAAUGUGGCAACCUAAGAAAUGGGGAGUGAAGAGAAAAACCUAUGGCUACCUAUUACAAACAAAAUAGCAUCCGGUUUUUCCCUUCCAAGCUUCCAUCUUUAAUCUAUAUAAGCACCAAAUCACAUUCAAAGUUGGAAACUUCAGAGUACACAGUAAAGGAUAAGUUAAUAUGUGUCGUGGAGCUUUGGUGGUUGCAACCACUGUUGGAGUAGUGGAGACGUUGAAGGAUCAAGGGUAUUGCAGAAUGAACAGCACAAUGAAAACUGUGGCUCAACAUGCCAAGAACCAAAUAGGGUCAACAACUCAGGCCAAGAAACUGGAUUUUUCUUCUUCUUCUCCUUCUUCUUCUUCAGCAAUUUCAAAUAAGCUGAGAGAUGAGAAGAGAAGGAACGCAGAGGAGUCUCUUAGAACAGUUAUGUAUUUGAGUACUUGGGGUCCCAAUUCUUAGACUUAGAACAUUAAUAUUAGCUUAAUAUUGGCAUAAAGAUAUGAUAUAUGCCACUGAUCAGUCACGUAAUUCUAUAAAUUAAUGGUGUCCUGAGUGCUAUCGUAACAUAGCACUGUUGGUGAACAGAUUUUGCAAAA